AUGACUUAUGCCUACAUUGAUAAGCCCAAAUAUUACAGUGAAGGGGAUGAGAUUCAGUUUUGGGUUUACCCUAUUCGUAGUAGUCGCUCCUCUGAAUCUAAGGACUACUACAGUUUGCCCUUCAGCGCUCCUAAGGAAAUUAUGUCUAAAUCACGAACCGCCAGCGAGAUCGUCCGUAAUGAGGAAGGUCAAAGUUCACUGUAUAAAGUCAAGAUGCUAGUCAACUCUAAAUGUACUUUUUUAUCCGACUGGAACACUACUCGUAAUAUUGAGGACCUUCGAAUGAACCGAAAGUUACUUGCCGAUGCGAUUGAACAAGGAUAUCGAGGAUAUAUGAAACUUGACGAUUUAUAUGUGUUUAGCAACGGCAGCGUGCCACAAUUCGACCUUUGCACUCGCCGGCCGAAGUAUAAUGAAAAUUUUCCCAAGUGGGGCUACGUCUUGGGAGUGUCUAAAUUCUGCUCCGGAGUUAAAACCUAUGUCAAUAAUCAUCUCCAUUUUAUAAUUUAUUACAAACAGCGAAGACAACUUCGUGAGUUUGAUGAACACAGUGAUGAAGUUAAACGAUAUAUGAUAAUGGGCGUCAAUGUUGUCCCCUACAGUGUAAAACGAUCAGACCAUGGUACAUGCAAUAGUGAUUUUGACCCCAAUAGCAAUCUAUUAUAUCCAGCUGAUGUUGGGGAUUUUACCGGUCCCUUUUGGUCUUACAGUGUGGAGUGGCUCCCGUUUGACUCCUGGGUUUCCCAUUGGAGUGCCUAUUCUCAAAGCUCUUUGCUGUUGACCUCACUUCGUGCUCAAUUGGUUUAUAUCAGUGAGAGCUUUGUGGUGGUGUUGGUGCUUUGUGCCUUCAUGGCAGUUGGCUUGCUCAGGGCCCUACGCAGGGACAUGAUGCAGUACAACAACGCACCUCUCGAAGCGUUGCAAGAGGAAACAGGCUGGAGGCUCGUGCACGCGGACGUGUCUCGCCCGCCAGAGAAGGCGAUCCUAUUAAGCAUAAUGGUAGGGGGCGGUCAUCAAGUGCUCUUCACACUGGUGGCUGUGGUACUAACCUACUUGUUUGGGGCUAUUCCACCCCUUAGGAAGAACUCAAUGUUAUUUUCAAUCCUCUCCCUUUUGCCCCUCAUGUCUCUCGUUGGCGGAUAUACGUGUGGUACGCUUUUGCAAUAUCUGAAUCUUAAAGCAUGGAGGCAUGUGUUUUUACUCGGGUGUGGGAUUCCUGGGGUGAUGUUAGCUAUGUGCAUGACAAAGGAUUACAUUGUGAGACGCUCAAAUUCGUCUAUGACAGACUCUUCUACACACAUGCCAUAUUUCUUCGUAUUAUUUGCUGUGAACCUGUUUCUCACCAUACUGGGGGCUUUCUUCGCAUUCAACAGAACACCCCUGAAGAGUCCAACUGGUUUCAGUCGCCUUGAACGUGAAAUUCCCAGACAGCCGCUCAUGAACCGUCGGUUUAUGUUAUACACUGUUCCACCGAUCCUUCCGUUUUUAGCUAUUAUCUUGGAGUUUCACUACCUCAUAUACGCAAUAUGGAUGGGACAGAUGAACUAUGCCUUUGGUCUUUUAGCGCUUGCGAGCAUGAUUUGGGUUGUUAUGUGCGCCCUUGUGACGAUAUUUCAGCUCUACUACCUCUUACGCCAUGAGAACCAUCGCUGGUGGUGGCCCGCGUUUAUGAUCCCGGGCGGCAUGGGGUUGCACGUGUUCGUCUACUCCAUCUUCUUAUGUGCGCAGCUCCACAUCAAGGGCUUCUUUCCGAUGCUUCUUUAUUUUAUCUAUAUGGGUGUAGUAUCGAUUGGGUAUGGUCUCGUUGCUGGAGCAAUUGGUGUUACGGCCGGUCUUUUCUUUGUGCGUAGAAUAUACAGCAGUAUUACAAUAAAAUGA